AUGUCGGGACAGCGCGCGGAGAAACACCACCUGGUGCUCGAUGCCUCCGAGCGUCCAGGCCCCGGCUCCGGGACACACUACCAGGGUACGACUGAUGCGUAUAGAUACUACGACCGACGGGCACAGAUACCACCAUCCGUCGCACACCAAUACGACGAGCGCAUGCCCGGCUUGACCAGCCCCAGCAACCAGGCCGAUGCGUACGGCCCCAGCAAGCACGCACCGCAAGCACGCACCGGUGCGUACGGAUACGGCCGAUGCGUACGGGUACGACCAUCCGUCGCACACCAAUACGACGAGCACAUGCCCGGCUUGACCAGCCCCAGCAAGCACGCACCGAUACGACCGACGGGUACGGAUACCACCAUCCGUCGCACACCAAUACGGCGAGCGCAUGCCGGGCUUGACCAGCCCCAGCAACCACGCACCGGUGUAUACGACCGACGGGUACGGAUACCGCCAUCCGUCGCACACCAAUACGGCGAGCGCAUGCAGGGCUUGACCAGCCCCAGCAACCACGCACCGAUACGACCGACGGGUACGGAUACCACCAUCCGUCGCACACCAAUACGGCGAGCGCAUGCCGGGCUUGACCAGCCCCAGCAACCACGCACCGAUACGACCGACGGGUACGGAUACCACCAUCCGUCGCACACCAAUACGAUGCCGGGCUUGACCAGCCCCAGCAACCACGCACCGGUGCGUACGGAUACGGCCGAUGCAUACGACCGACGGGUACGGAUACCACCAUCCGUCGCACACCAAUACGGCGAGCGCAUGUCCGGGUUGACCAGCCCCAGCAAGCACGCACCGAUACGACCAUCCGUCGCACACCAAUACGGCGAGCGCAUGCCGGGCUUGACCAGCCCCAGCAACCACGCACCGAUACGACCGACGGGUACGGAUACCACCAUCCGUCGCACACCAAUACGGCGAGCGCAUGCAGGGCUUGACCAGCCCCAGCAAGCACGCACCGGUGCGUACGGAUUCGGCCGAUGCGUACGGGUACGACCAUCCGUCGCACACCAAUACGACGAGCACAUGCCCGGCUUGACCAGCCCCAGCAAGCACGCACCGGUGCGUACGGUGAUACGCCUCUAG